AUGCCUGUCGGAAUAAAUCAGCCUUCAAAUCAAAUCAAGCUCACCAACCUUGCCUUGGUGCGCAUGAAAAAAGGCAAAAAACGCUUCGAGGUCGCAUGCUACAAAAACAAGAUCCAAGACUGGAAGAACAAGAUCGAGAAAGACAUCGACAACGUAAUACAACUCGAGGGUGUUUUUAUCAAUGUCAACAAGGGCCAAAAGGCCUCCAAGGCAGAUCUCGAGAAGGCAUGGCCGGGCAAGAAGAACAAGGAGAUUGUGGAGGACAUCCUGGAACACGGUGAAUACCAGGUCGGCGAGAAGGAGCGUAGCGCAGAGCUCGAACGAAUCAAGAACGAGGUCAUCAACAUCGUCGCAUCAAAGCUCGUCGAGCCCAAAUCGAAGCGCGUCUACACAACCGGUUUGAUUGAGAAAUCGCUGGAUCAGCUGAGCCAACAGACUUCUGUCCAGCAGCAAGGCGAUAAGGCGAAUGGUGCCUCGGCAGAAGAUGGAGAGGAAAAGGAAAAAGCGCUGCCCAAGUGGAGAGGUGUCGUGGUUACCAAAGAUGCCAAAUCACAAGCCAAUCAUGCCAUCAAGUGUCUGAUGGCCCACCAACCCAUACCUGUCACACGCAUCCAAAUGAGGCUUCGGAUUGUUUGCCCAACCGCAGUCACCAAGCAAACAGUCAAGUCAACAGGAAAGCAGGAGAAGGGAAAGGGCGCAGCCGAUGAAGAGCAGCAGGCGCCCAAGAGCGUUAAAGAGACGAUAUUGAGCUACAUCGAGAAGGUGGAGACAGACGAGACAGAAGGCUCUGAAUGGGAGGCGGUCGGCCUCGUUGAGCCAGGAAACUACAAGAAUCUGAACGAGUUUAUCGAGAACCAAACAAAGGGUCGCGGCAGGGUGGAGGUAUUGGAUCAGUCUGUUGGUGUCGACGUUUGA